AAGCGAAACCGUAUAAAACGCCCAGCUCGGAGAAUUCGGGCUCAGUUGAAGCAAGGUUUUACUAACUGUGCCUGCAGCGUCCAGAUUUUUAAAGAUGACGAGCGGAACCUUCACGAACACUUUCUUGCGCCUCUUUACAGUAACAGCCUACUGUGCAAGUUUGGUUCUGGCAGGCCCACGUUACAUUGCCAUUCCUAUCGACGGCGUGGACGUAAUCGAGCUGAACCCUAUAGGUCCACCUCCAUCCGUACCUUUGUCUCCCGGACCUAGAUAUCCUCGACAGGCGGAGGGCUACAUGCCGGUGGCAGUCUCAUCACUGCAUCACGCGCCAGAGCCCAUGAUCGAACAGACAAUUCAACUACAACCAGCCAGGCCCGAGCGAUCUGUCUCAGCGCACACAGCUCAUAUCCUGGACUACGUUGACUUUGGAGCACACACCGGGCCCAACGGAGCCUUCAGUUGGUACGCCGACUACCCUUCGCACCACUGAACAUGGACUGACUAUAGGAGACUGAUGAUUAUUCUCGAUAUAAGGACAGAAUGGCUGCUUGAAUUCUCAUGUUGCAAUUCUAAGUUUUAUCGAGUCCACGAGUAAAAAUUGCAGAAAAGGAGCAAAAACGCUCGAAAUGGUAGUCGGGGAAAGCUGGUUAGCAAAUCUGGGACAACCUCGUUAGGCAGUUCUCAAUCUGCAAUUUUUUGAAACUUCAUUUCAGGACCAAACGCGACGCGACUCUAGGUAUAGUUAUGUCUGCGAAAACUUUUAGCGCUGAUUAAAUUUCUUGACCGGACGAACGAACCUCCUUGUAUAAUCUGCGGGAUGGCUGUAUUGUGGAAUGUGGAAUACCUUUGCCAUCGUUAUGUUUGUUACUGUUGUUGUUUGUUUUAUCUUGAAAAAAAAAUUUGAUUUAAAAAAUUGUUGAUGUAAAAAUUGGUAUUGACAAUCUCGAUAUCAAGGUGUAUAUAAUGAAUGAAAACACAUUGUAUUUCAAAAUUUUUAAUUUGUAUUAUAUUGUUGCACAAAUCAUAAGUUUGCAAUUUAUGAUAUAAGUAAAAAUAUUAUGAAUGAAAUAAAAAGUACUUGUUAGCGAAA